AAUGCGAGAAAAUUGGAAUUGUAGACGGGAAAAAGUGAAUGAUAUCACCUUCCCCGUCUCCGUUGGUUCUUCGUCGUUGUUGCUUUCUUCUCCCUCCUCCCGAAUUGAAGGUCGCCGGUGGAAGCCCCCGCUUCGAUCCCCCCCAGCCGCCCUGAUUCCCCCUAGGGUUUGGUUGCCCUAGCGGAUCAUCUACCCUCGCCGCCGUAUCCUCGCGGAUCUUUGAAUUCGGAGUGCCAUUUCCCCGGAAAAUAACCAAGAUGUUUUGGCGUAUGGCGGGAUUGUCCACCGCUUCUCCGGUGGAGACAAUAUUGGAUAAGGAAAAUUUUACCUUGGAAGAGCUUCUGGAUGAGGAUGAAAUAAUUCAAGAGUGUAAAGCUCUUAAUGGGCGUCUCAUUAAUUUUUUGAGAGAAAAACCACAAGUUGAACAACUUGUGCGGUAUAUUGUGGAGGAAGCACCUGAGGAUGCAGAUACAAGGAGAACUCUCAAGUUCCCUUUCAUUUCCUGUGAGAUAUUUACUUGUGAAGUUGAUAUCAUACUCAAAACAUUGGUAGAGGAUGAGGAGUUGAUGAACUUGUUGUUUUCUUUUGUGAAUCCGAAACGUUCUCAUGGCACACUGCUGGCUGGCUACUUCAGCAAGGUUGUAAUAUGCCUAUUGCUUCGAAAGACAGUUCCUCUCAUGCAAUAUAUUCAAGCUCAUCAAGAAAUAAUCAGGCAGUUAGUUGAACUUAUCGGGAUUACAUCAAUUAUGGAGGUAUUAAUACGGCUGUUUGGUGUUGAUGAACAUAUGUAUGCUAACUACAUGGAAGCAAUGCGCUGGAUAGAAGAUAGUGAUGUUUUGGAGAUGAUUGUGAGCAAGUUCAGCUCUUCAGACUGUCCAGAAGUCCAUUCUAACUCUGCUGAAACACUAUGUGCAAUAGCAAGAUUUGCUCCUCCAGGUCUUGCUGCAAAGGUCUCCAGCCCUAGUUUUAUUGAGAGACUAUUUUUACAUGCACUGGAAGACUCCAGGCCAAAAUCAGUUCUGGUAAAUUUGUUGUCAGUAUGCAUCUCUCUGUUAGAUCCCAAAAGGUUACCGGCGGGGGCAUAUAUGUACAGCCGCCAAUUGACUCCUGCAUCAACAGUAACUGCUCUUCCUGGGACAGUUGAUGGCAUGUUACAGAAACUUGGUGACCUACUAAAGCUUCUGGAGUUUUCAUCCUCAGAGAGUGUUUUACCAACAACCUAUGGCAAGUUGCAACCCCCUCUUGGAAAGCAUCGCUUGAAGAUUGUGGAGUUUGUUUCGGUUUUACUCACGGUUGGAGGCGAAGCUGCUGAGAAGGAAUUGAUUAAUCUUGGAGCAGUACAGAGAAUAUUGUGCCUGUUUUUUGAUUAUCCAUACAACAACUUUUUGCACCAUCAUGUGGAUAACAUAUUGUUAUCAUGCCUGGAGAGCAAGAACGCUUCUCUCAUUGAGCAUCUUCUCCGUGAUUGUGCUCUCGUUGGAAAAAUACUUGAAGCAGAGAAGAACUGCAGCUUGGCAGCUAAUCCAGACAAGCCAACCCUUCCGGCCGAAGGCAGGCAACCACCCCGGAUAGGAAAUAUUGGGCACUUAACACGUGUAUCCAACAAGGUUAUCCAGAUGGGGAGUAGCAAUAAUGAAAUUCAGGCAUAUUUACAGGAAAACAAUGAGUGGAAUGAUUGGCAAGCAAAUGUUCUCUCAAAGCGUAAUGCGGUAGAAAAUGUAUACCAGUGGACCUGUGGACGUCCAACUGCACUUCAGGACCGGACUAGAGAUAGUGAUGAUGAUGAUUACCAAGACAGAGAUUAUGAUGUGGCAGCCCUAGCAAAUAAUUUGAGCCAGGCAUUUCGAUAUGGCAUUUACAGCAAUGAGGAUGUUGAUGAGGCUCACGGCUCAUUGGAGAGGGAUGACGAGGAUGUCUACUUUGAUGAUGAAUCUGCUGAAGUUGUUAUUUCCUCAUUACGCCUUGGAGAUGACCAUGAAGGAGAAUCUCUGUUUACAAACUCCAACUGGUUUGCAUUCGAGGAUGACAAAGCUGCCAACGAGCAGCAGCUAGCUGGCUCGCAGACACAGCCUUCUUCAUCACCUGUCAGCAACCCUGACCCAAGCACUGGUGGAGAGGAUGGUGGAAAUCCAGUGGAUGCCGAGGCAUCUUUAUCAGUUCCUGAUACGAGAAAAGAAGGCCCUCCAGAAGAAGAGACUGGUGGGCAGAGUGAAACUGAGAAGCCAGUUGAGUGGAUUGAGUGGCGGGAGAAUUCUGACUUCGUCAACCAAGUUGAUGCUGCCGAACAGUCCCCUACUAAAGUACCUAAUGGUGAAGUAGAAGUGGCACCAGGUCACGACAGUCAUGACCAAGAACCAAAUGCACCCGAAUCUGGGCCUUCUCCUUCCACCACUGAAUCGCCUUCAGUACCAGAUGAUGGAAGUGCCGUCUCUGGUUCUUCUGCAGUGUCCGAACCAUUGGAUGAGGGCAAGCCGGGUCCUGGUCCCGUGGCUGAUUCUGAGGUUGGAAAGGUGGCGGAAAAAUCAACAGAUGAAGAAGAUGCUCAUCAGGAAGACAAAAAAGAUGAAGAGAAGGCAACGGCGGCGGUGGCAGCAGCAGCGGCAAACUGAGCACUCAAAACCCUCCUUGACACAGAUUGAUCUAUUGGCCGGUCUGACUCGGACACAUACCCUUUAGUAAGAAAAAUAUUGAUCAGAUUUUACUCCCUAAGAUUUCACAUUAGUUCUCUGGCGGGCAUGCCGAUUCCAUGACCUUAUCUUUGUUUGGAGCUAUUGGCGGGGGAGAUUUCCAUCCUCCGGAGCGAGAAAUCAUUGAAGUUCAAAGAGGAGGAAGGAAAGCAGGAGUAUAUCGGUGUUUCACUCAUAAAAAAAUCAGUUCAUUUAAUCUGCUCCUGCUGGAAGUGGACAUCUCGAACAAUUUUUAUUUUUUUUUUAUCAGAUUCAUAGUUUUUGGUUGUAUCACACGAUUGUCUUAUUCCAUCUUAUUCUGUCGAAUAUCAAUCACUAUGUAAAUGAAUGGGGAUUGAAUACCCAAUAUCUCGUUCUCACC